GCCCGGUCCUCCAGGCUCCCAGCAUGCCCCGCUCUCCCGCCCGCCUCUCCGGUCGGGGCACAUGCUCGGUGCGUGGGGCCGGCCCGGUUUCCUCCCGGCCUCGUCAGCAGCGCGGGGCCUCCCGGCACCCCCGGCACCCCCGACAUGGCCCCCCCGACAGGGAAUGUCGUGGACAGCCAGGCCCCGCGGCCCCUGGCCUGCCAGCUGCGCUGGGACCUGACGGCCGAGCAGAUCGAGGCCAUGGCCGCCGAGCUGACCGAGAGCACCAAGCUCGUGUACGACCGCGUGGGAGCCCAGGAGCGCGGGGAGGUCUCCUACGAGAACACGCUGAAGGCUCUGGCCGACGUGGAGGUGGAAUACACAGUCCGUAGGAACAUGCUGGAUUUCCCCCAGCACGUGUCCCCCUGCAAGGCCAUCCGCGCCGCCAGCACCGAGGCCGACAAGAAGCUCUCGGAGUUCGACGUGGAGAUGAGCAUGAGGCAGGACGUGUACCAGAGGAUCGUGUGGCUCCAGGAGAAAGCAGAGAGUGCUUCCCUGAAGCCUGAGGCAAAGAGGUACCUGGAGAGGCUGAUCAAGCUGGGAAAAAGGAAUGGGCUCCACCUCCCCGAGGAGACACAGGAGAAAAUCAAAGCUAUCAAGAAGAAGCUGAGCGUGCUGUGCAUCGACUUCAACAAGAACCUCAACGAGGACACCACCUUCCUGCCCUUCUCCAGGGAGGAACUGGGGGGGCUCCCUGAGGAUUUCCUGAACUCCCUGGAGAAGACAGAGGAUGGGAAGCUGAAGGUCACCCUGAAGUACCCACACUACUUCCCCCUGCUGAAGAAGUGCUACGUGCCCGAGACCAGGAGGAAGGUGGAGGAGAUGUUCAACUCCAGGUGCAAAGAGGAGAACUGCCUGAUCCUGAAGGAGCUGGUGGACCUGAGGGCUCAGAAGGCCAAUCUGCUGGGCUUCAGCACCCACGCCGACUUUGUGCUGGAGAUGAACAUGGCCAAGAGCAGCCGGACGGUGGCCACGUUCCUGGAUGAGCUGGCCCAGAAGCUGAAGCCCCUGGGGGAGAAGGAGCGGGCCGUGAUCCUGGACCUGAAGAAGAAGGAGUGCGAGAAGCGCGGGCUGGAGUUCGACAACCGCAUCAACGCCUGGGACAUGCGCUACUACAUGAACCAGGUGGAGGAGACCAAGUACAGCGUGGACCAGAACCUGCUCAAGGAGUAUUUCCCCAUGCAGGUGGUCACCACGGGCCUCCUGGCCAUCUACCAGGAGCUGCUGGGCCUCACCUUCCACCUGGAGGAGAAGGCUCAGGUGUGGCACGAGGACGUGCAGCUCUACACGGUGAAGGACGCGUCCUCCGGGGAGACCAUCGGCAAGUUCUACCUGGACCUGUACCCACGGGAGGGGAAGUACGGGCACGCCGCCUGCUUCGGCCUCCAGCCCGGCUGCCUCCUGCCGGACUCCAGCCGCCAAAUCUCGGUGGCCGCCAUGGUGGCCAAUUUCACCAAGCCCACGCCGGACGCCCCGUCCCUGCUGCAGCACGACGAGGUGGAGACCUAUUUCCACGAAUUUGGCCACGUCAUGCACCAGCUGUGCUCUCAGGCGGAGUUUGCCAUGUUCAGCGGGACGCACGUGGAGCGGGACUUCGUGGAGGCCCCGUCCCAGAUGUUGGAGAACUGGGUGUGGGAGAAGGAGCCGCUGCUGCGCAUGUCCAGGCACUACAAGACGGGGAGCCCCAUCCCGGAUGAGCUGCUGGAGAAGCUCAUUAAAUCCCGGCAGGCAAACACAGGGCUCUUCAACCUGCGCCAGAUCGUCCUGGCCAAGGUGGACCAGGCUCUGCACACCCAGACCAAGGCUGACCCCGUGGAGGUGUUUGCCCAGCUCUGCGAGGAGGUGCUGGGUGUCCCUGCCACCCCAGGUACGAACAUGCCGGCCACCUUCGGCCACCUGGCCGGGGGCUACGACGCGCAGUACUACGGCUACCUGUGGAGCGAGGUGUUCUCCAUGGACAUGUUCCACACCCGCUUCAAGCAGGAGGGAAUCAUGAACUGCAAGGUGGGCAUGGAUUACAGGAAGUGCAUCCUGCAUCCCGGCGGCUCCGUGGACGCGGCGGACAUGCUGAGGAGGUUCCUGGGCCGGGAGCCCAAGCAGGAUGCUUUCCUGGCCAGCAAGGGACUGAAGGUGGAGAGCAACUCGGUGCCUUCGGCCUGAGGUGCCGCUCGGCCCUGGCAGGGGGGGAAGCUCCUGCCCACGCACCUGCCCUCGCCUGGUUCCUGUCACCAAACACCCCCGGGCCCCCCCUGCCUGGAGCUGCCCUCCAGGGUCCCGCUCCGAGCCCCUCCUGGGCUCUGGGAGCUGGGAUCAGCCCCGGGCUGGGGCUCUGUGGUGGCACAGAGGUGACCUGCCCUUGUCACCCCGGGGCUGUGGGUCGCCCCCGCCAACUGGCUGAACUUUGAACCUGAGUUCUGCACAAGGGUGAGUUUUGGCCUCAUUUGGAGCCGGGGAGGAGGGGGAGAGGAGUUCCCAAACUUGAAUCUUUGUUUUUAAAUCCCUUCUCUUUUAAGAAGCCUCGUUGCUGUUGUUGUCACCAGGACAGGGACAGUCCCUCUCUCCCCACCUUCGGGCAGCUCUUGGCUGUGCAGUAAAGAUGGGGAGAUCCCAGAGCUCAAAACCCACAGGGAAUUGACUGGAGCAUCCUGCCCUGAGCCCCUCAGGGACCUUCCUGCCUGGCAGGGGGACAGAGGUGGCCGGUGCAGGUGUUCCAGAGCAGGGGGUUUGGGGACGUGGCCUCUGUGUGCUGCCAGAUGUCCCAAGGCCACCUCAGGGUCAUCCUGGGGCCACCGCAGGCCAGCCAGGGGCUCAGGCUGUGGCAGCUGAGGGUGUUGCUGUUGCUGUCAGCUCCGAGCCGGGCUGGGGCAGGGGAGGGUUGUGUUUAUGGCUGAAAACACCGAGCUGACAGCUUCAAACAACGACACAAAUGCCGGGAUAAAAAUAUCCCGUGGGCUCCGUGCCAGGCCUUGAGCUGCCGGCGGGGCUGCGGCGCCACGGGGAGGGACAGCAGCCAGCCCGGGCUGUGCCACCUGCCCCGGGCUGUCCCCAGCGUGCCCCGGGCUGUCCCCAGCGUGCCCCGGGCCCCUGCGUGGCACAGGGUGUCGUGGCACGAGGCUCCCGACCCCGAGGGCAAAGGCUGCGAUUGCUCCCGGCUUGGGAAGGGUCUGGGGUGCCUUCCUGGGGGGCUGAGGAGCCUCGGGGCGAGCUGGGAUUUGUGUCCCACCCCUUCCAGCCCUGUGUGAGGCCAUCUGAGGGCUGUGGGAUCCACCCCUGCCACUCUGCCCUGGUUUGGGGACACGAGUGCCAGCCCGAGUGCCCCAGCUCACUGCCACCAUCCCAGCACUGCAGGCUGCUCCCUGUUCCCUGUCCUUUGUCACCAGCUCUGGUGCUGGGACGAGGCUCCCCCCAGCGCAGACAAAGUCGUUGCUGUCACCUCCCUGCCCCAGGCCCCGCUGGUGACACGGGGAGGCCGGUGACAGCCCCUGGCCCGUCCCUUCUGACGGUGACACGCCGGGCGCGGCUCCUUGGUGCUUGCUGGGGCCACCUCGAGCAUCUUGUCCUUGUCCCCUCCUCUCCUGUGGGAGGCACGGCCGGGCGGUGCCGGCCCCUGGGUGUUUUUAGUGUCCCGUUUUACCGAGCUUUCGGCGUUUUCUCCGACUCUUCUCUCCAGCCAGAGAGAGAAGUGAAGCUGACCAGGGAAACCACGCACUUUCCUCCCUCCUUCCCAGCCCACAGCUCCCUCUGUCCCCUCCCCAGUGUCCCCACUGCCCCGUGGGGGUGACCUGGCACCUCUCCAGUCCCAGGAGCAGCACCGGGACGUGGAGCUGCACCUCCCCAUCCCCAUCCCCAUCCCAGGCUGGCAGGGAAGAGAGCUCCUUUUUAUUUUGGGGUUUGGAAUCGGGGUUGUUUUUUCCUGUUAACAGUUUGCAGGGCAGUCUGGUGUGUGUGUGUGCGCGCCGUUCGUACCGGUCACGUCCCGCCCCCGCUUGUUUCCAUGACUGGAUUUUAGACGGUUCCCAACACUAAUAAAGGUUUUCCUCCGCGGA